CGCCGGUUGCUACGCGGCGCGGCGGACGCGCGGAGCGGCGCGGCGGGGCAGGCCCGGCGCUGCGGGCCCGGCGCUGCAUGGAGCUCGGCGGGAAGGCCGGCGGGGCGGCGCGGGGGCAGCUCCUGCCCGGGGCCCCGCAGGACCGCGCGGGAGGGCGGCAGAGCGUCCCUGUGGGUGGAGAUUUGAUAUUUAAUUUUGAACAGGAUUUACAAGAAGAACGUCGGGCAUUGAAAGAGGAUCAAAAAAUACAUCGGAGCAAGGCAAUGAAAUAUUUGAUGGAGACAAACAGAAGAAGAAGAGCCUUUGAAAAAAGACAGAAGGAAGAAGAAGCAAAAGAAAAAAGAUUUAGAGAACAAGUUCUGCAGCAGAGGAGAAUUAAAUUUCAGGAGGCAACUGCUAAGUUCCAACAUGCUCAUCAAUCCUUUUCUCAGCAGAAACAAAAAGUUCAGACAAAACCAGCUUUUCAGUUAGAAGAAGCUCUUGAACAAAUUAAAGGAUCAGUUUUAACACCAGGACUGUGCUUGCAAAACAUAAACAAAAUCAACUUCAGAACCACAGAUGACAUUUCAUCCUCAUCAGCAUGUAGAAGUGAUUCUUUCCAUCAGAAGAAUAAUUUAGCAAUGUUUGGCUGUGAUGAAACAAUACAGGAGAGCAGUAGAACAGACAUGGAUAGUCACCAACUUCUCUUCCAGAAAAAUCUGAAAGAAAUGCAACAGCUCCUUGAAAAACAGCAUCUCAAUAGCUUAGAGAAUUUUCAUCACGAAGUCAAAGAAAGAGAUGAUUCAGAAAGCCUGAUGAGCCUUGACAGUCUUGAGGCUGGAGAACAAAAUGGAAAUUGCACAACACAGAGUGAAUCAUCUUUUACCACACAGUGUGACUGUGCCCUGUAUGAUCCAGAAAAAUGCCAGACUAGGAAUAAUGGUUUACUUCAUACAGAUCAAAGUACUUCUAAAAAUGAACAUCUAAAUAAUUGUCUGAGAAACGUAGAUUUGCUACACUACCACAACAUACCUACUCAUGAUCUUUUAGCUAAACAUAAUGUUCUAACUCCUGCUGAACAUGUAAACACUUCAGAAGAGGAAUCAUCUGCUUCUCACAGAUCUGGAAAACAACCUGCAGAAUUCUCUGCCUCUGGUAAGCAAAAGAGCUCUGUAAGUAAUGCAUUUAGUUUCCUGCAAAACAUAAAAGACAGAAGCAAACCAUCUUUUGGAGCAGCUAGCACAUUUGCCACUGGUCAUCCUGUUUUCACUCGUAGCAGAGCCUGGGACAGCCCUGAUUCUCUUCCAGAAGAAAAAAUUCAGGAUCUGAUGCAAGAUCAGAGUUUUAAAAUGACCCCACAGGAGAGAACUAAAUCUAUGCAAGCAUCCAGUCAACCUAUUGCAACAUCUGUAAUCUUAUUUCCUAAUCAGGGAUGUUCCACUGCCAUUCCCAGCACAGUUGAUGUGUUACCAAAGGACAAAAACAUCAAUACAGGCUUUUUUAAAAAUACCUUAGCAAAAAUGACUGAAACAAAAGAAGGCAAUAUUAAAUGUAUGAAUGACAUUAUUUCAGAAACAUCUUUAUUUCAGGACAUACCAAAUGCCUCAGUUCUGUUGGAAGUUAAACAAAAGAAUAAUAAAGAAGGAAAGGGAAAUAUAAUUGAAAAUAUGUCACUGUUACCUGAUACAGAGUUCACUUCUGACACUCCUAGACAGGACACAAGCCUGAAAAAUAAUAUUCUUGAAAGAAAAAGAGCCAAGCUAUUCACAAGUAUCUUAAAGAAGAGUUCUAAAUGUGAACCCAAUCAUUUCAAAGCUGUGGUUACAGACCAUGGGAUCAGCUUUGGAACUCAACUCAUGUCAUCUAUCAGAGACAGUUUAGAACUGGCAAAAAUAAAAAAGAAAUGUGCAGAAAAUGAAAAAUGCAAUAGGAAGCUAAAAUGGUGUGAUGAAAUUGACCAGAUAAUAAUAGAAAAUAGCAAAAAAUGCUAUGAAAAAAGCAUCAGUGAAAUAUCUUCUUCAAAACUACAGUGUGUUCAAACUGCAAAUAACACUCCUAAGAAUAAUUUAAGUAUUGUUGCUCAGCCUUCAAACCCCAUGUUUAUAAAAAAUCAUCAGGAAAAUUCUCAUAUGUCAAAACCAAACAUUAAUACUGAAAAAUUAAAUAAGGAAUAUCCAUCUCAGAAUAUACUUACAUCUACAGGAUCCUUUUCUGCUAAGGAAGCUUGGAUGGUAUCAAAAGAUAAAGCAAGUAAACCCCCAGUAUGUAGGAAUAAGGCUAAAAUUAAUGAAGGUGGACAACUCAAAAAUAAGACAAAAAUAACCAGAAGAGUAACAUCUGUAAAAUUCCAGUCACAUUUUAUGCCCAAGAAGAGAACAGGCACCAUGAUCCAACUGCAGUCAGCCACUGAAGUCAACAAAACUCAAAAAUCUCCAGGGAAAUGCCUUGUACCUCACCCACCUUCCACACCUCUGCCAGGAAACAGUGUUGAGAGCCCGGCCAGCCCUGGGUGUCAGUCACUGCCACCUGCCAGCCUGCAAGCUACUGGUGCUAGCAGCAGUGAUUUCAAUGACAGGCAUGUUGUGCUAGCAAGUCAGGUUUUAAAUAGGAACAGCGCAGGAAACAGUGAGAAUACUGCUGGUUGUGCUGAUGUGGCCACUGCCAUCUCUACACCUGACUGCAGCAGGGCCAAAUACAAACCUUGGGCAAAAAAUACUUGUUCUGUAAAUAAUGUUAAGGCAAGUGACUGUCAAGAUAAUUCAGUAACUUGCUCUGAGAAAAGACCUGUUAACACAGAAAAUAGAUUACAUCUCCAUCGUAUCCCAGCAGCUGGAAAAACAAGCACCUUCUGGCACGGAGCACAUUCUACCCAAGCUCCAAAAGACUCUGCUACUGAUUUUACUCAGCACCAUGUAUUGUGAUACAAUAAUUUGCAAAUAACUAAAUGGCAGCAUUUCAAACCUAAUGUGUCCCAUGUUACUAUUGAUGGCAGCAGUCAGAUGACUACUUCUAGGAUCAGUUCUUUUCUUUUUCUUUGUGUGAUAAGAAUUCUGCUUUAGUGUCACUUCAAUAACCAGAAAAUAAAUGAAAUUGUGUUAGAAUCAUGAAUGCAACUCUUGGUCAAAUUAUGAACUGAACAUUAAACUGCACAUGUAAAUAUUUAUUGUGUAAAUAAAUAGGUAAUUUGUCUUUCCAAGUUUAAAUCAAGUAACUCCAUUUACAAAUCUAGUAACUUUGCUUACAAAUAAGAAUAUAGUAUCUCCUUGGUAUGUAGAUUCCUGAGUUGCACAUGAAAAUACUAAUUUGCAUCUCCAAUUUGUAUGCAUUAAAGUUUAAUUAAGAACAUAAUUUUAAUUUUGAAAUGUAAGGCUUUCAUUUUGAAAAUGUAUUGCUACACCAGACAAAACUGAGAUAAAUUUGAGGUACAGUGUCUAGAUUAGACCUCUCUGGCUGAGAGAAAAUGCUGCCUAGCAGUACUGCCUUUUAAAAAUUAGCACAAAGAUGUAUGAAUUAAUAAGAUUAACUAUGAAAUGCCAAGCUAUAGAAAUAAGUUUUAAAUGCAUGACUUUUAAACCUCACAACACCUAUGAGGCCACACCUGGAAUACUGUGUUCAGUUCUGGGCUCCUCAGUGCAAGAGAGACAUGGACAUGCUGGAGAGAGUCUAGAGUGGAGCCACAAAGAUGGUAAAGGGAUGGGAGCACCUCUCCUAUGAGGAAAGGCUGAGGGCUUGCAGUAUUCAGCCUGGAGAAGAGAAGGCUUUGGGGAGUCUUACCAAUGUCUGUAAAUACCUGGGAGGAAGCUGCAAAGAGGACUUUUAGAGAGAGACUUAUUAAACUUACGGCGCUCACUGAAAGUACCUGAGCAUUGGGUACAAACUGAAACACAGGAAUUUCCCUCUGAACGUCAGGAAACCCUUUUAUAAUUGUGUGAGUGACUGAGCACUGGCAUAAAUUGCCCAGAGAAUUUCUUGAGUCUCCAUCCUUGGAGUCACUCAAAAGCCAUUUGGGCAUCUUCCUUGGAAAUUAGCUCUAUUUAGCCCUACUAGAGUGGGGACACUGGACCAGAAGGCCUCAGAAGGUCCCUUCCCAUGUCUGCCAUUCUGUGAUUUUGUGAAUCAGAUGAAGUUUUUGAACUACUACAUGUUUUCUGCACACUAAUAUGGAAUCCUAGUGAAAGUUGAAUCAAUUAACAUAUAAAUAUAACAAUUUAUCAACAGGGAUUUAUUGUGUUGGACGGUUAGACUUUAAGAUUAUUCUUUAAAUUCACUUUAUUUUCUAAACAUUACUUAUUUGAUAUUUUUUAUAUUACAUCUCACCUUUCAUUCUCCUUUUUACUUGGUAAGACCACCUUAUUAUUGGUGCUCUUGUAUCUCUGUACAGACCAUCUUUAUUAUCUGGGACUCAACACAGGGCUUCACUUAAGCUGCGUACCUCCGCAUCUAAGACAAUUUAAGGAGAACAGAUGUAGAUAUCAAAAUAUGGUCAGAGACAUUUACUCACCAUUGUUAGUUCUGCUAUUACUAGAUUUUAUCAUGUUGUUUACACAUUUUUGGCUUGCUUUUUUCUCCAUGUCAUUUAAGGUGGUGUUCCUGUUACAAGACAAAAUCAGGGCUUUGGCAACUAUGAAAAUAAACACCAAGGUUUUUCAGAAUGCAGAAGACAAAGUGUUGUCUCUAAAAUGUGGAAGCCUGCUCAUCAUGCACAG